AUGACAUCAAAAACAGAUCUGAUAAUACACUGUUUAACUUGCACAAACGAUGCACACGGACUGUUUGAUUUCGAAUCGAAGAGCUUGAUAAAACAAACCUUUAAAUUGAGGUCCAAAGAUGAAGAUUUUAGAUGGGCCAUGUAUAUGUUAAACAGCAAGAUUCAUCUUAUAGAAAGCAGUUUGAUCGAUAACUUCACCUUGGAUAAUCCAUCCGCAUACGAAAUUUUACGCGUUUCUUAUAACUCAAAUGAAUUUCAAGUACAAUCACCGCAGAACAUUAACAAUGAAAUGGAAUCUUCAACGCCCGAAUCCAAUAUCAUUUGGGUUGUACAUAGUGAUGUUAUAAUGAAAAGGUUCAACUGUAAAAAUCGCAAAUCUCUCAGUACUCAUUCACUCACUGAAAAUGAUAUUCUCAAGUUUGGCCGUAUAGAACUCUCUGUUAAAUGUAUAAUUAUGGGCGCAGGUAUCACUGCAUCUGAUCUUAAUCUAAAGGGAUUGGGGUUUAUUAGUCCAGAUAAACAAUCAACUAAUGUAUGUAACUAUUUUGAAGAUAUGCAUGAAUCUUAUCAUAUUCUUGAUACACAAAGGGCCUCGGAUUGUGUAUCAGAUGAUGGCGCUGAUAUUGAUAUAUCCAACUUCGACAUGGUCCAAGACGGUAACAUAAAUUCUGUUGACGCUGAUUCUGAAACAUGUAUGGCAAACUCUGGCGUAACGGUCAAUAAUACUGAAAAUGUUAGUAAUAGUGAGAAUUUUGGAAAAUUAAAAUCAUUGGUAAGCACCACCACUCCUUUGUGCCGUAUUUGCCUGUGUGGUGAAUCAGACCCUGGGCCACUAGUAACCCCUUGCAAUUGCAAGGGGUCCCUAAAUUAUGUCCAUCUUGAAUGCCUAAGGACUUGGAUUAAAGGGCGGUUGUCAAUUGUGAAGGAUGAUGAUGCUUCCUUUUUCUGGAAAGAGCUAUCAUGUGAGCUAUGCGGGAAGCCGUAUCCAUCGGUCCUACAAGUAGAUGAUACAGAGACUAAUUUGAUGGAUAUAAAAAAACCGGAUGCACCAUAUGUGGUAUUGGAAAUGAGAUCAAAUUCUGGUGAUGGGUGUUUCGUUGUUUCUGUAGCUAAAAAUAAGGCGAUUAUUGGACGGGGGCAUGAAAGUGACGUUAGGUUGAGUGAUAUUUCAGUGUCACGAAUGCAUGCUUCUUUGGAAUUGGAUGGUGGAAAAGUAGUGAUACAUGACCAGCAAUCUAAGUUUGGUACACUCGUUAGGGCCAAAGCGCCUUUUUCAAUGCCUAUAAAGGGUCCCAUCUGUCUACAGAUUGGGCGUAGCAUACUGCUAAUUAGUAUCAAGGAUGUGUGGAGUCUAAAAUGGCCCUCCUGUAUGAGGGCAGAUUUAUCACAAGAGAGUAAUAUUGUAGAUUUGGAGCCAGUCACUUUAGUAGACCCGUGA